UCUCAUCAUCCACCAUGUUCCGCCCCGCAUUUCACGCUCUCCGCGCCGUCCCCCGCCCUCCUGUUCGCGCUAUCAGCACGUCCGCAGUGCGCACUGCUGAGGCGCGUCCUGGCCCAGCCCUUAGCCAGACCAACCGCGCUGAGCACACGCUCCGGCGAUUCUGGAAGCACGCGCAUGUCAAGGAGGAUCCUGAGGGGCCAGGCUUCCUCGUCACGCUCGACCACAGGCCGCUCAAGUCGCCUGCGGGCACCAAGCUUGUGCUUCCCAAGGACCGCCGGCUGCUCGCGGCGCUCAUCGCACACGAGUGGGAGAACCAGGACCAGGUGCUGAAGCAGCAUGCGCUGCCGCUGACAUCGCUCGCGUCCCGCGCCGUCGACGGGUUCGGCGCGCCUGGCUCGCCGACGCGCGAGGGCGUCAUCGACGCUCUCAUGGAGUACCUCGAGACGGACACGAUCUGCUUCCCCGGCGAGACGCCGUCGGCGCUCGUGCGCCUGCAGAAGGAGCACUGGGACCCGCUGGUCGCAUGGCUCAAGGACACGUACGGCGUGACGCUGGGCCAGACGACGGGCUUCGGGCUGCCGGAGCACAGCGAGGGUGCGCGGGAUAAGCUGCGCGUCGUGCUGGAAGGCAUGGAUGCGUGGGAACUCGCGGCGUUCGAGCGCGCCGUGUACGCCACCAAGAGCUUUGUCGCCGCGCUCGCGUUCGUCAAGGGCCGUAUUACGGCUGACGAGGCUGCGCACGCCGCCCACGUCGAGGUGCGCGCGCAGAUCGAGCAGUGGGGCGAGGUCGAGGAUACCCACGACGUCGACUAUCAGGACAUCCGGCGGAGCUUGGGCACCGUCGCGAUGCUGCUUGCGCGCGUCUAGGUGUCUAUGCAUAUGCUACAUGGGUAG